GGUGCUUGCCAAGGAGAGGAGUACCAGAGCAAACAUGGCUUCUAGAAAAGUGUGGUUGGCAGUAUGGGCUGCAGCUGUAUUGUUUACAGCUGUAGCAGCUUCAUCAGCUCGUCGUCAUCAGACUGACGAGGACAACACGUCAGUAGUCCUGACGAGCGCUGACAAUGCCGCUGACUUUUCAGACCCGCUGAGCUCCAGCGCCUCUGUCCAGCACUCGAAAGUCGUGACCAUCCCGCUCAUGGCGGCGGCCGGAGGUCAUCACAGCCAUCACGGCCAUCAUCACAAAGGCUUCCAUAAAAAGCACGGCCAUAAAGGCCAUAAAGGCCACCACGCCAUACACGGCCACAAGAAACAUCACAAAGGACAUUUCGGCAAAGGCCACAAAAAGGGCUUCUUCGACAAAGGCGCUAAGCACCAUGGAGGUCACCACCACGCCAAGCACUACAAAGGCCAUCACAAACACAGCAAACACGGCAAGAAAGGCCACAAGAAAGGCUCCAAAGGCCAUCACCACAAAGGACACAAGAAGAAGGGCUUCCACAACCUGUACCACAAGAAGGAGUUUGGCCACAAGAAGAAAUACCACGACGAGGGCAACAAAGUGAAGCAUUUCAAGGACCACAAGAGCUUCGAUAAACACUUCAAGAAACACCACGGAGGGCAUCACAAGAGUGGGAAAUUCAAGGGCGGCAAGCACCAUAAGAAGCACGGCAAGUCAGGUCACCAGAAGAAGGGCCAUCACCAUCACCACGACAAAGGCCACAAGAAACACUACGGCCAUAAAGGCCACCACGGCCACCACAAACAUUAUGGCCACAAGAAAGGCCAUCACGAUCAUCACCACGGGCAUCACUGAUCUCAGCUGCUAUUAUAAUAAUAUUCCGAUCAUUUUCAACAGGAUAUUCAGUCCAGCGUCAGAAAUUCAAUGUUUGCUGGUGUUUUUCCUGACAUUUGAUGCAAAAUCGAUAUUUUUACUGAAAAAAUUUUCGACUUUCAAUAAUUUAGAUAAUCGUUAAUAAUUCAGUGCUGCCUUAGUGAACUUUUCAGCCUCAAUUUCUAACGUCAAGAUUUAUUUUCAACUAUUUAUUUUGAACAAAUAAACUCCCUCGCAUGGACAAAUUACGCUUUAUUUUAAAUGUUAUGACUUAAUAAUUAAUUAAAUUAAUUAAUGAAAU